AUGGCCACUCUCCACCCCGACCUUCGUCUUGAGAAACUCAGGAGUCUUCCUCGCGAUAUUCAGAGCACCUUGAAUGCAGUUUGUCGUCUAGACUGUUCACGAGUGGAAGUCAAUCGAAUAUCACGAUUAAUCGCUCACCCUCCUUCACGGGAUGUAGAAGGUGCCUUGCCAGCAGUAUACUUUCAAAUUUUAGACCCAGAACGUAUUCCUUCCACAUCUGAAGAGCUGGAGCACAUCCUCGAGGACAUCAACAUGACUCUUCCCGUUGUUUCCAAAGCCCUCAGUGGCUUCUACAACCGUCGACUGGGUGUUCCUGAAGGGACUGAAGAGGACGUCUGGCAUAGAGUGUUCGCGUGGGUCAAAUUCCUUACAACACACCACCAGCAAGUUGUCUCUCGUGUGCUGAUAGAACAACCUAAUCAGCCUACUAUCCUAAUGGACGCAGAAAUUAUCGCUUUUGACUUCAUCAAAUUUACUCAUGACGUUUCACUUGACCGCCAACCCCCUUUUUUCGCUGAACAACCUGGAUUUCUCUCUUUGCUUUUUCGUUCAUGGCCGCGAUUAAUCGCACUCUCGUACGACGACCCUAUAAAGAUGGGUUAUUCGUCAUCAUUCGCUCGCUUCUUCACCGCAAGCAAGAUAAACAAACCUCAAUUAGAAGAAAUCCUCUCUGGAGUCGGAAGCAUUGAUGUGCUAGGGAAACUUGUGGUCCAAUAUGCGCGUUCAGUGACCGGUGCUAUGAUAGCCUUCGGAUCAGAGCUUUAUGUCGACACGAUGCUAGACCUGGUUCGCAGAGUCAACAAACUGACAAAGCCUCAACUUGCGACUGAGGUGUCGUCGUUGUAUCAAUCCCUCACUCGAAACGGUUUUCCCUCCGCUCUGUCUCGUGUUAUUCACAAACUGGUGACAAUACCAGAAUUCGGACAUCGUGGUACUCUCGAGAAUCCACUUGGGUACAAGGAACGCACCAUGAAGAAAGGAUUGGGCUUCUUAGCUGAUCUCCUCACAACCCCUUUCCUCUAUCCCCGCGACGUUGCAGAGUGCAUUCGUGAAGACAUGCUUGUGGAUAUGCUUGAAUACGCACAGCUCGAUGGCCCCUUGUGCAACUCAUUGCAGCAGGAACUUUGCAAACUGUUAGACGACGUCUUAACGCCUGCAACUGCUUACUACACCGUUUUGGCAUCAGUCGAAAAAGUCCUAGAGCAGGCAGCCGACCGUCUCGCGUUGGAAAAGUUCCAUAAUCCUCACUUCCGCUUAUCCUGGCAACGUUUCAUUGCAGCUGUAGAAGAACGCUCUGUCUUGAAGCGCCAGUUCGAGCAACGAGAUCCGACGCAAGCCGUCUGCGACAAUUGCUGGAAGAUUCGAGACAAAUCAUGCCUUCGACGAUGUGGCAAGUGUCGCUCACUAAAAUACUGCUCCGUCGAGUGCCAGAAGGAGGACUGGGGGCGACGUGGUCACAAGCAUAACUGUAUGGCAUAUAAGGGUCUCCGCGAGGAUUUGCAUAGCGCAUUCGGUCGGCGUGAAAUCGCUUUCUUGCGUUUUGUAGCGCAUUCGCGGUUCAUUCGCCAACGCAGCUUGCUGGAACCAUCGUCCACUCCGAACAUCGACUCGGUGACCAUAAUCGGGCUGACCGGCGAUCAAGAACCCGUUGUAAAACCCCUCACUGAUGAAUUUGUGCAAAGUUUGGUUUCAGACGACCCCCUCAUCGAAGACAAGAUCACCCGCGCGCGUAGAAGCAACGGCCUGACCAAUCUGUGUGUCCUUCACCUGGAUUUCAAGGGUUCGACUCCGUCGGAGGUAAAUCAGCUCGUUGUGGAAGUCUAUGAGGGAUUGUGGCAAGUUUAG